AUGCUCAUGAGCGAUGGGUUGCUACGGGUAUUUUGGCCAUACGAUCUUCCCCGGUCAUCGUCGCCAGGAGUGAUUGUUGGAUGGCGGAAUUCAGAGGUGGACUUUUUCGUUCUGACAGUCUUGGAAGAUGUGGAGCCCCGGAAUGUCGACAACGCUUUGCGGGCGGGGAUUCUUUUCCGCAAUAGUCCCCAUCCUAUCGUGCGCAUAUUCGCUCUAUGUGGACGUUCGGCUAUGCAUGUCCUAGGAUCGACUAAUUCGCCAGAUCCGCCAACGGCUUUCAAUCCGUCCCAUCUCUAUGUUACUACGAGUUCGUCAGGCAAGGUCCCUCGGAUCUUCUGUCCGCCGGAAACAAACUUGUCUGUCCAGGUUAUCAUGUUUCAUCGGCCCCAUCCUACCAGGAUGGAAUACAUGUCUUUGGAACCGAUCUCUUUGGCAUUGGGCGACAAGGUGUUUGGCUCGGAUAAGUCAGAUGCUGUAUCCGACAAGAUUGAUACCGAAGAGGAGUCGGACAAGGCUCAAGCUGGAAUGCUGGUGGAGAAGUUGAAGCUCCACACGGUGGUCAAGCAUGUUCCGUCGUCUAAAGAACAGGCCCUACCCCUCAUCAUCAACCAGGUCAACUGCGCUUAUGAGAUGGGGAAGCUUAUGGAGAAGAAUAGCCAUUUGGUAGGCAUCCGUGUCAAGAGAAGCAUGAGUGUGGGUGAGCGGGUUGUAGAAUCCGCUACUACGCUAUGGGAUCUGUUCGUUCUCGGCGUUUCCUAUGUCUUCUGGCAGUGGAUCUGGCCUGUAAUUACCCGCAUAUUCAUUGUUGGGCUUGUGUUCCAUCGCACGAUUGCAGAGAUUGUCCUGCAGAUUCUCGAAUGGCGCGCUCGUCCUGAUGCCGCUGCUCUGAAAGACAUAUCUGCGACAGCUCAGCAGGUGGAUAUUCGAUUACAGCAGUUCUGUUACUGGCCCAUACAAUAUGUGAAACUACGCCAGAGGAAAGAUAAUUGGGAGAGUGUGACUACGAGUCAUCCGGACUACAUUCGCUUCUACAACAGCUUGUGGCUUGUCGCCAACGAUGUGAUUAUUGGAAUUGCACUAGGGUCAUACAUUAUCGACAAUGCCAACUGGGUCGCCUUUCAGAUCAGUUUCAUCUUGACAGGCUAUACAGUGGAAGGGCUACAGGGUACUAUUUCCUGGCUCAUGGACUGGCCGGCUGGCCUUAAGCUCAAUAACGAACUCGCCGCGUUCUUGGGUGACCUUUUCUUGUGGGUCAUUGAAAAUUGGGCGGCUUGCAUCGCCAACUUGCAACCUUACCUACCACAUAUUAUUUACGUUGUCGGCUGUUCCAGUUUCGCCGGGGCAAGUAUGCCAAUUGCCCUGUUUUCCGACCUCAUAUCUAUCUUGACAGUGCAUAUCUACUCUUUCUACAUCGCAUCUGCCCGGAUUUUUAACUGGCAACUUACCAUCAUUAUCUCGCUUUUCCAUCUUUUCCGCGGCAAGAAGCGAAACGUGCUUCGCAACCGUAUAGAUUCAUGCGAUUACGAUCUUGACCAACUACUUCUUGGGACCAUCUUGUUCACCGUUCUUUUCUUCCUUCUACCCACAGUUAUCGUCUUCUAUCUCGCCUUCGCGAGCGCGCGGAUGUUGAUAAUUUCACUUAAGGCAGCUCUCGAUACCUGCUUGGCAUUCUUGAAUCAUUUCCCGCUUUUCGCACUGAUGCUCCGAGUCAAGGACUCACGGAGACUGCCAGGUGGGAUACGAUUCGAACUUCGUGAAGAGCACGACAAGGCCUCGACAAGCAAGUCGAGCGUCACUGUGCCUUAUAUUCACCUCGAGUCUAUCCCUCUUACUCUCCGUGCUAUGUUUGAUCAGUACUUCCAACUGGGUCAUCGCCUACGGAAACAUUAUCUUUCCCCACAAGUCAUCUUCUGCCUUGUGACUGGCCGCUUUGUGCCUCCUAUCCACCGCCGCAACCUGUACGGCAUGCAGUACAGCAUGCUUCCUGCGCGCCGGGCGAGCAUGACUGAGGUAUGGUCGAUGCUGACACAGCCUCGCAAGACCAGUAGUAGCAGCAGCAGUUCCUCGUCCAUGGUUGGAGGCAUGGGAACUGCAGCGAAUGGGAUACUGAAGGUUCCAGGGGCAUUUGGCCAAGGCGAACUGAGGAGGCGAGGGCAUCGAUAG